GGAAUCAUAAACCGGCUAAGAAUCAUUUCAAAGGUCUCCUCUGUUCCAGCUACCUGCGGCGAACUGCAAUGUCUGCUUCCGUCGCCGCCGCCGUGAGAUCCUCCGUUAGAAGCGCAGCACUGAAUCUCGCUGGCCGCGCAAAACCCAAAUCUUCUAUGUCGGGUUUGCCUUCUCCAUCGCAAAAAUCACUGUCUCCUCGAAUUUUCAGGUUAACUAGAUCUCCAGUAGAAAUGGGCAGCGUCUCUGUUGUGUCUAUGCUUCCAUACCACUCGGCCACUGCUUCUGCGUUGCUCAAUUCGAUGCUCUCUGCUACUCCACAGUCCUUUGGUUGGACAUUUGAUGGUUCGUGAGUCGUGACUAGUCGAAGAAGAUCAUGCAAACCACCAGUUGGAGAAAGUUGCAUUGAUGAUGCAUGAUGCAAGUGGUGGAUUUCUUGGGAAACUUCGGAAAAAAGAGCAGAUUGUGUUAGUUUGGCUCUAACCCUUUUUUUGUUUUCGCUUUUGUAUUAGCAUUGAGACGUUUGUAUUGCUACGGUUUUAACUUCAUUUAAUGAAUCUAGUGUUUUUC